UACAUAUCUAUUAUAUCAACUUUCAAGUCUCAUCAGCUCACUGAACAAACUAAACCAAGGUAUUAUUGUCAAUUGUCUAGCUAUAUCAAGAUUUCAAUUUUCAAGAACAAGAACAAUUAUGGAGGUGAUUAUUAGAAGGAAAAGCCUCAAGUCUCUGGUGACAAAGGUAGUUAAAGGUCUUGCAUUCUUGGCCCUAAGUAAAAGGGCUUAUCCCAUAAGUGACAUCGACGACGACGGCGACGAAGAAAUAGUAACAUCGGUGCCGGAAGGGCAUUUUGCGGUUAUAGCAAUGGAGGGUGGUGAUGAAGAAGAGAAGAAGAGGUUCAUGAUUGAAUUGGAUUAUUUGACGGAUCCGGCGUUCUUGAAGCUUCUGGAGAUGGCUAAGGAAGAAUAUGGAUUUCAACACAAAGGUGCUCUUGCUCUUCCAUGCACCCCUCAGCAACUUCGCAACAUUUUACAUAAUCAUCAAUUGUAACACUUUACUUUUGUCACAGUUCAUAAACAUUAAUCUACUUAUAUGUAUACAUACAAUACACACAAAGUUACACAUUAAUUCCUAGUUGAUUAAACACCUCACCAUUUCUGUUUUUGCAUAUUGGUGGACAUCUGAAAAGGAAUAGUUCUAUUUCUAUUUCAUAUA